AUGCGCACCUCAUCCAUCAUCCUCGCGGCCGCGUCCGCCGCCUCCAUCCUCGGCGCCCCUCUGGAGAAGAAGGCCAACUAUGACCCCCUUCCUGGUGGCGAUAUCACUAUUCUGAACUACGCUCUUACCCUUGAGUACCUUGAGCGCAAGUUCUACGAGGAGGGCUUGGCGAACUACACUGAGGCCGACUUCUGCAAGUACGCCGGUGAGGUUGGAGAGAAGUUCUACAAGAACCUCAAGACCAUCUAUGAGGACGAGAAGACCCACGUCGACUUCCUCAAGAACGCCCUCGGCGCCUCCGCCAUCCCAGAGCCGACCUUUGACUUCCCCGUCUCCGACGCAGACUCUUUCCUCGCCCUCGCCUCCGUCCUCGAGGGCGUCGGUGUGUCCGCCUACCUCGGCGCGGCCGCUGUCAUCGCAAACAAGGCCUACAUCCCCGUCGCCGGCAGCAUCCUGACCGUUGAGGCCCGCCACUCCUCCUACAUCCGCGCCGCCCUCCGCGAGAAGCCCUUCCCCACGCCGUUUGACACACCCCUCGACUUCAACCAGGUCCACUCCCUCGCCUCCCAGUUCGUCGUCGCCUUCGCGCCGGGAACCCCCGCCCUCCCCUUCAAGGCCUUCCCCAAGCUGACCGUCUCCCCCACCUCGACCUCCCACGGUGCCCUCUUUGAGGGUGCGUACAAGGCCGCCAGCGACGCCCAGCUUGUCCCUGCCGGGGCUACCGUCUACGCUGUCUUCUUCUCUGGUCUUGACACCUACUACUCCGAGGUCGCCAUCAGUGGUAACGAUUACAUUGUCGACCAGCUGCCCGAGGGCCCUGAGGGCCAGGUCUACGCCGUUCUCAGCACCGCCGACGGCAACAGCACCAAGGUCUCUGAUGAGAACACCGUUGCGGGUGUUGCUGUCCUCGAGAUUCAGGAGGCUGACUGGUAA